UUCUGUUGACACCUCCUCCUCCUCCUCCACUCGGAUGGGGCGGACAGAGUUACAGCCGGGACGCUCGGAAAACUUUUUUUUUUUCUGAUCCCCUGAAACAUUCUAGCAGCGUCCGACGUCCUGCCGCCUGCCAUGCCUGGACUGUAGGAUCCACUUGGACUUGAGUUUCUGACGUUUCAUCAUGGCUCCGUUUGGAAAAAACUUCCUGAAAGCUCGUUUGAAGAACAGGGCGAAAGACACCGAGGCUGUAGUGGGAAAGGAGAUUCAAGUUAGCGUCUGCAAUGAAGAGAAGGUUGUCUGUGGUGUGACAAAGCAUACCACGUGUGCUGAUAUGAUUCAGGCGCUACUGGAGGACCAAAAGACUCUUCCGGAGAGCAAACGGCUCCUGCAUGGGGAACCCAAAGAGUUCUGCCUCAUUGAGCGAUGGAAAGGCUUUGAGCGGGCCUUGCCUCCUCUCACCAGAAUCCUGAGACUCUGGUAUGCCUGGGGUGACCAGAGGCCUUUUAUACAGUUUGUUCUUGUAAAAACCAGCGAUUUUGCUCCUCAGGCAGCAAAAAAGUUUGCAAAGUCCAAAGGGGCCAAGCCAAAGCGAUGGGAGCACUGUCGCACUCAGAGCGGCCAUCCUCCGCCUGUGGACAAACAAAAGCGCAUGGUGAAAAAAGCUUUUCGCAAACUAGAGAAGAUUCACAAAGAGAACAAGAGCUCACCAGGGGCGGAGGAGAUUAAACGGAUGGUGCAGCUCAUUCUCAACCAGGACCACGCCAUCAGAGAGCAGAUCCAGCACAUGAGGGACCUAGAUUUGGAGAUUGAGCAGUUUGAGAUGGAAAUGCACAGGAAAACCGACUCUGAAAGUUCACUUCUUCUGGCCUGUAGCCCAAGUCUGGCCGCAGACAGCAAGGAGCAGCUGCAGAAGUACCUGUACACCAGUGAUGGUGUUGAGCAGCUGGAUAUGCAGAUUCAGCUGCAUCAGGAGCUCAUCCUCCAACUCUCCCUGGACAUCGACGCUGAGUUAAGGAAAGCCAACCUCCCUCUCAUCCAAGAAGAGGAUAGCGAACAGGAAGAAGCCACAGCUGCUUCUCGGCUUCCCUCCAAAACCGACGAGUCAUUUUACAACAAAGAGCUAGAGAGGCUGCAGGAUGGCCUGAAGCAUAGCCUCUUUGGUGGAGUGGCUCUUCAGAAUCAAGCUGCAGACAUAGACAAGCAGAUAAAGUACAUUGAUAGCACGCUGAUCGCCAAGGACCAGGAGUGUUGGCAGCUGGCCUCGCAGCUUAACUCUCUACAAAUCAUGGCCUGCACACAGGAGAAGAACCCCACACUCGUCCCUCUGCAGAGUGAAGCUACCUGCAGCGAGUCCCAGAUGGUCAAGCACAGCUUGUCUCCUGUAGACAUUACAGACACAGACUCAGACACCGGGAUUAGCUCCACACACAGUCAGGACUCACUGUCACCAUGUCUGGACAUUCCGCCACCUUUGGACACUGACGUUUAAGUAAACCAGGGAAUCCUUUGAUUUAUCGCCCUACACACAGACACACACACACACACACACACACACACACACACACACACACACACACACACACGCACACACACACACACACACACACGCACACACACACACACACACACACAUACACACACACACACACACACACACACACACGCACACCAUCCUCCAUCUGUAGAGUAAAGUUUGUAGGCAGUCUAACGCACAUGCACUAUUAUUUAUCAUUUUACAAAAACUACUGUUUUUUAAACAUACUUCAUAUACAAUCACUGAAAAGUGUGUUUCAUGCUUAAGUUUAUUUUACCAGGAGGUAUUGUUGCUUUUUAAAUGGGCAUAUUAAGGUCUUAUCAGAAAAAACAUGCAGGUAGAAACAGAAACGUGUAGAAGGAGAACUCCGUAGAUGGCUUCCAUUCAGGCUUCAAGUGUCAAUAAAUCACGCUCUGGUUUUAUUCAGAGGCAGAUGAGACAGAAGAGCCUUCUCAGAUAUUUUGAGUGAGGUUAUGAACAUUACUAUUGUAUUUGUUGUUGAUGGGUCUUUGAACAAUCUUCAUUAGCAGAUAUAUGUUAGUGACGGACAUGUUAGUGAGAGGAGAAGAGUUCAGCAUCCAGGAGACACGCCGCUGAUACUAAACAUGUUUAUAGCUGAAAAGUAGCUAAGUAACAUUUUUGUUUUUGUUGAAACUGAUUCUGUUUUUAUUUAUCAACCAGAGACCAUAGAAGAGUUGGGCUAGCGUUGGUCUCACUUUAGCCAACUCUUACACACAAAAGCACAUCAGAGUUCACAGAAAACGUGUUACGUUGUUACUGGGAUUGUGAUGUAAUUUUUCACAACCUUACUAGUCACUAGUGACAUAGGGUAGGCUUUACACAAGAGCUGCUACAGAGAAAAACUACAAAGAUGGCCUCGGCUCUGGAACAACGUUUGUUUUAAAUGGUUUUGGCUCCAACUUUGGACAACUUAGACUUGAGCUUUACUCUGAGACAUGAGCAGAUAGAGGUAGUUAGGUCAUUUAUUUAGAAAAAGGAUGUUUUGCUUCUUCUUCAGUGGUGUAUGGCUGACUGCCCCGUUGACUGAUUUCUGUAGCGAUGAAUACGUCACAUGGUUUGUUGCUCAGAUUGGUUUGAUCGCUGUUCAAUUGCGUGUGGAUACAGUUUGAAAGACAACCGUAGACUCCUCCCCAUGACUGAGCUCUGCCUAUGGGCUGUGGCCAGACAGUAUAUUUACACAUAUUGGAUGACUUUAAGGGCUGCAGUAUUUAAGGUGGGAAUAUUUCCGUUGCAAUAACUAUUUAACAUGAAACUGACUUAAAACAUGCAAUCCUUAGACGUGUUUGAGUUUUAAACAGUUUUAAGGCCGUACCUGUUUACGUCUGUUUGGCUGUUACACUGAGUUUGUUCAGAGCCCUCUGCAACAGCUGAGAUGUUCAUUGUUCAUAGACCUACCUCAAAAGAUCAGGACUAUCAUUGGAAGGUUUUAGAGUGAAAUUCAAAACAUAAAUGUCAGAAAAUGGAAAUCUUAAUGCAACAAAUGUAGUUUGUCGUGUGUAAAAGCUCUUGGACAACACACACAUGCAAUUCAGCUAAAAACAAGACAUCAGAUAAGAUCAACACCUGCUUGCAUGAUGGCACCAUGUCCUGUCUGUUGUGUCUCCGCCUCUAUUGUUCUCCAUCUUGUCGUCGGCACAGCUCUACUCACAGAUCCUUCAGAACCAAAAGUACAGUGUGUGUUUUACAAGCUGAUAACUCUGCUCACCAAAGCUGCACCAAACUAAAUGUGUUCGUCUUUAGCUGGUGUGAGGUCACGUCUGACCCGAAUCUAAAGGGUCCGUUUUAUUUCCCCGUCAGGUUCAGGUUUAGCUGUUUAACAGCUUCUGUGUGCUCACAUUUGUAAAACUGCACUUCUUUUUUACACCGAACUAUAUUAGCACUGUUUUAUAUUAAAACAAUUUACAUACUGUGGAUGCAGACUUUCUUAAACAUAUAUAUGUAGGUGUACAUACAUGUGUAAAACAAUCCUAUUGCCAUGAUUUGUAAAUACGAUGUGCAUUUUUAAGAAACCAUUCAAUAAAACAACAGAUACAUCUAUUUAUUGUGCUUACCACCGAAUCUGACACAGCUCUGAAAUUAUUAAAAUAAACCACUAACUUGUUAUUUUUACGCAAAUAACUAUUAAACAAUCGUAUGCAUUUUAACGUUGUAAUAAAACUAAUCCUGUAAAAACACACAUGCUCCUGUGGAAUCUGUUGGCACCAAGCAUGGAUGAUUAAAUUAUUUCUUGUUGGUUUGGAUUUAGCGUCGGUGCUGCUGGUUCAGAUGAUGAGAGGAAUCCGUUUAAAUGAAUAAACCCCACGAAGUUCUGAGUCACUGGUGAGAAAGGCCUAUUUAGGAGCUCCCUUUCAGUCGCUGCACCAUAUAAUCAAAUGAAAAGUCACCAGGACAGCACAGACGAGGGGAGCUCUCCCCGGGAGCAGAGGCGCCGCUGACAGACCAACACUUUGUGCUGAAGGCAGAGCAGGGCUACCGGAGAUCCAUUUCACACAUUAACUGCCAAGCAGCCCCACUCUCUCCUUUCUCUCGCUGCUUCAAGCUGCUGCACAAGCAUGAAAUCUCACACCGGUGCCCCUCACCUGCUGAUGGAACUGCGGCAACUUCUGCUGAAAGUUGAGAGGAAAGGAGCCCUGUGUGGAACUUGUUUAGCUAAUGAGAGCUGCACUGAGUCAGAGAAAAAUCGUUGGGCAUCUGAAUCAGUAUUUUUUGGCAGAAGCUAAGUGGUUGUAGAGUAUGCUUCCAAUUGUUUUUGAUUUUGUUCCAAAAACAAAAACGUGUUUGUCCACAUUUCCUGUGCUGUCAGUUUAUAAUGUAAAGUGGGGUUGGCCCAUAUAUUCCUUCCAGAGCUGCCUUCAUUGUUGAAAUUUUUUUUAGAGAUUCUGGUCCAUCCUGACAUGACAGCAUCAGCUCCAUCCAUGAUGAGAACCUCCCAAUCCACCCACGUCCCAAAAGUUCUGGACUGAGAUCUGGUGACUGUGGAAGUUGUUGGAGUCCAGUGGACUUAUGGUCAUGUUCUAGAAACCAGUUAAGGAUGAUCUGAGCUCUGUGACAUGGUGCAUGAUCCUGCUGGAUGUAUGGGUCCAUGUGGUCAUAAAGGGAUUGACUUGGUCAGCAACAACACUCAGGUAGGCUAUAGGGUUUAAACCAGGCUCAGGUGGGAUUCUGUUGCCUUCCUAUCAUCUAAAACCAGUCUGACCAUUAUCUGUAAACCCCAGUAAUGGUUGAGAUUGUCAUGUUCUGUGUCCCUGUGGUCCCCAGCCACUUCCAGGUUUCCCCAUGUUCCCCUCACUUCACUUGACAUUUAGUUUUCCCAUGUCCAUUAUUAAGUUGCCAGUAUCAGAUCUCCUCUUUUGGUUCUUGUCUCUAGUUACAGGUUUAUUAGUUCUCCUAUCUUUAAGUGUUGUAUGUUUAUAGUAUGUAUUAGUUUUUCCCAUUUAGUGUUUUAUGUUCCUUUCCCACUCAGUAAUUCAGGCCCUGUCCACACGUAGCCGGGAAUCUGCCAAAACGUAGAUAUUUUUCUACGUUUUGGCCUGUCAUCCACACGAAAACUGAGUUUUUUCACACGAAAACGGAUCUUUUUAAAAACUCCGGCCAAAGUGAAGAUCUGCGUUUUCUCCGUUUUGGGUGUCUGCGUGUGGACAGACAAAACCGGAGUUUUAAGGUCCGCAACGUCACUUUCCGCGACAAAAAAUGCUGACAUCACGUGUGCGACCUGUUUUUACACUAGCCGACAUCAUGGAUGCCCUCAGAGCUGCGCUCGCUUUAUCAAUUGUCCAAGCGCUUUUUGCUUGUUUGUUUUUGCAAGCGGAAUUACUGCUCCUUGCGGAAGACCACAGACGAAGGACGAGGUUAAGAACGGGGGAAGUACUGCCGCCUACAGGUCUGGCAUGUGCUUAACAACGUAUUUAUCUAGGUACGUGUGGACAGUUUUUUUUUAAACGAGGUGGUGUGGAUGCAAGUUUUUGGAGGGGCGGAUAUUCGUUUUUAAAAAAAAACCGGCUCCGUGUGGACUAGGCCAUAGUCUCUCCUGCCUCGCUUCAGCUCUCACUCCCCCCACACCUGCUACCUGUUUCCUGAUUGCUUCCCUCUGUGUAUAAAGCCCUGUCUUGUCUCUGUUUGUCGGUUCGUUGUUAGCGUUUUGUAAGCCUCCUGUGUGGUUUUUUCUUGAGUCUCUAGCCUUUGAGCUUGCCUCCACUGAGCACUUUAAGUUUGAUUCUGCUCCAGUGCUUUCCCCUGAGCUGUGGACUGCCUUGCUCCUAAAAUGAAGCAAGUGGUGCUCGCUGCAGAACCACAAAGGUGGAGCUGCACCAGAAGGUGGAGCCAGCGCUGGACUGACCAUAGGGCAUAGCGGGCAACUGCCCGCUGGGCCGACCCUUUCAUCUUUUAUGGGCCGGUGUCUGUUUUUUUUUUUUUCCUGGCCUCUAGUUGUUGCGGACAACUUGCCCGCGCCGCCCCACGCGACGCCUCAUAAAAGUUGGUGGAUUGGCCAAUUGGUAAUAAUACACUCUGGGCUGGACCAAUAGCCAGAGGUCUGAUGCACCCGCCAGUUGUUUGUGAAUCUCAGUAAACAGACAGACGAGCUUUACAAAAUGGAGAACAAAAAACGGAAAGGAGGAGCGGAGAAAAUUCGACUACAAAAGAAACUGGCACAUGUGUUAAAAUCUCACAGUUGUUUGGUAGUGAAGGUUCAAGUAAAAUCAAUUUAGGAAGUGAUGGAGCCUCAGCCCAGCGACAGGUUGGAGAAGAAAAGAGGGAGGAGGAGGAGAAACCCGAGCCGGUGUUGUGCCAUAAAUUGACUCGCUGCCAAAAAAUGAUUAGCCACUGCGGGAUCGCGCACGGUUAGGUAAUUGCAUUUCUAGACAAAAUUCCCCAGGAUUUCGCCCAAAAACUCAGCAUAUCUAGCAAUAUGGACAUUCAGAAAGCAAAGAUAACCUCUUCCGGUACUUAAACAGAUGUUUAUCGCGGAUAUUAGUGUGGCAGCAGUGUUUGUGGCACCCUGCGCGGGAGCACGAGGACGUGCUUGUGGAAAGAGGGAGGAAGAUGUGGCAGUGUGAGCAUCCACAAUAUCCCGAUUGAUGAUGCGCCCUGGCUACUCGGCUAAGGAGAUGUAUCGUUGGCUGACUGGUUAGAGCGUAUGACUCUCACUCGGGAGUCUGGGGAUCGAAUCCCGCCCGGGCACUCCUUUCUGCACCUGCCACAUUAGUUUUUCCAGUUCGGAAGUUGUUUUAAGUGUUGCUAUUUGUCUUAAACGUUCACAAUGAGGAUAUAUUAAUCCUUUUAGCAAUAUUUGCGAUUGAAAGAUGGUUUGUGCCACAAACUUUGUGGUAAGAACUGGCUUUCUUUAUGUUACAGCCUUGAUACUAAAAAAAUAAAUAAACAAUGUAAAAUGGCACCCUGUAUUGAAUGUAAACGUUGUAUAAAUGGAAAUAAACAAUUCUCCAGCGA